UCUUGGGGACUGCACUUGCGCUAGAUGCGACGUAUGGCUCAAAGCUGCCAUGUCAAGCCCUAGCUGAAACAUGCAACCAGCCAGGCUGGAAAGCAGGCUCAAAGCAAGUCUACCAGAACAUAGAACAUCGUUUCAAGCACUUGGUCGCCCAGAAACUGCUAUGGCAAGGGAGAUUCAGGUGCGGCAGCUGUUAAGGAAGAACCAUUCGAAGUGUCCACACAAGCAACCAUCAGUGAGUUCAAGAGGCAGCACAGCUGCCCGAAGAUUUGUUUCAAAGCGCAAGCUCAGUGGAGGUGGCUGUAGACAGGCCCCUGUUGAGCAAUUCCAGGUGCAGAAGUUUUAGCUUUCCUGAGCAUCAAGCCCAUGAAGUGCUCAAGCUUGCAAGCCUCCGGCGUGGUGCCUGGAGAUUUGCGUGUGGUGGAGACUCCAGGAAGCUUGACUAAGAUCGAGCGUGACGCCUUCCGAGGUUGCAGCUCAUUGGCAAGCCGUGACCAUCCCCGACUCUGUGACUGAGAUUCGGGAACGUGCCUUUGAAGCUUGCAGCUCGAUGGCAAGCGUGACCAUCCCCGACUCUGUGACUGAGAUUGGAGAACGUGCCUUUCAAGGUUGCAGCUUAUUGGCAAGCGUGACCAUCCCCGACUCCGUCACUGUAAUUCGGGAGUUUGCCUUUCCAGGUUGCAGCUCAUUGGCAAGCGUGACCAUCCCCGAUUCUGUGACUGAGAUUGGGAGAAGCGCCUUCCAACAUUGUAGCUUAUUGGCAAGCGUGACCAUCCCCGACUCUGUGACUGAGAUUGGAGAGCGUGCCUUUCAAGGUUGCAGCUUAUUGGCAAGCGUGACCAUCCCCGACUCCGUCACUGUGAUUCGGGAGUUUGCCUUCUCAGGCUGCAGCUCAUUGGCAAGCGUGACCAUCCCCGACUCUGUGACUGAGAUUCGGGAACGUGCCUUUGAAGCUUGCAGCUCAUUGACAAAUGUGACCAUCCCCGACUCUGUGACUGAGAUUGGGAGAAGUGCCUUCAAAGGCUGCAGCUCGAUGGCAAGCGUGACCAUCCCCGACUCUGUGACUGAGAUUGGAGAAUGUGCCUUUGCAGGUUGCAGCUCAUUGGCAAGCGUGACCCUUCCCAACUCUGUGACUGAGAUUGGAGAACGUGCCUUCCAACAUUGUAGCUUAUUGGCAAGCGUGACCAUCCCCGACUCCGUCACUGUGAUUCGGGAGUUUGACUUCCAAGGUUGCAGCUCAUUGGCCAGCGUGACCAUCCCCGACUCUGUGACUGAGAUUCGGGAACGUGCCUUUGAAGCUUGCAGCUCAUUGACAAAUGUGACCAUCCCCGACUCUGUGACUGAGAUUGGGAGGAGUGCCUUCAAAGGCUGCAGCUCGAUGGCAAGCGUGACCAUCCCCGACUCUGUGACUGAGAUUAGAGAAUGUGCCUUUGCAGGUUGCAGCUCAUUGGCAAGCGUGACCCUUCCCAACUCUUUGACUGAGAUUCGGGAACGUGCCUUUGAAGCUUGCAGCUCAUUGACAAAUGUGACCAUCCCCGACUCUGUGACUGUGAUUCGGGAGCUUGCCUUCCAAGGUUGCAGCUCAUUGGCAAGCGUGACCAUCCCCGACUCCGUCACUGUGAUUCGGGAGUUUGCCUUCUCAGGCUGCAGCUCAUUGGCAAGCGUGACCCUUACCAACUCUUUGACUGAGAUUCGGGAACGUGCCUUUGAAGCUUGCAGCUCAUUGACAAAUGUGACCAUCCCCGACUCUGUGACUGAGAUAGCAGCUGAUGCUUUGUAAGGUUGCUGCUUGGUCACGAGAAGAAGGAAGGGAGCACCUUCUUCGGGGAGCCCCACUGUGCAAGGUUCGCAGAACCACCUAGUAGAUACUUACACUGGAAAACCACCAAUAUAGACAGGGUUCUUGCAGUUUGGCACACAUCCAUUUCCACGUUUGUAGAACUGAAGCUAUGCCUCGCAGCAGUAUCCUGCAGAACCCCCGCAGAACGUGUUUGCCGAGAACACAGCAAGCUGGCCAAUGUCUCCUUCUUGCUGUUUCACAGUUUCACCAGAGUGGCGCUUAUCAGGGAUCCGAAUCUUGUCAGGAAACCAUCAAAAAC